GCCUACCGGGCGGAGUAAUUCGUGCUGGUAUCUGUCGGGUGCAUGUGUGCGCGCUCGGUGCGUGCUACGGCUGCUGCUUGUCACACAUUGUGCCGCGGCGCUAACACGGGCAGCGACAAGGACCAAAUAUCCGACCGGUAGCAGUUGUUAUCCCUGGGAAAAAAAAGAAAAAGAGAGAAAAGAAGAAGGCUGCUAUCUGUUUGUCCUUCCUCGCUCCUCUCCUCCCCCUGAAAAACUCACCCUCAGUGGAGACGCCGCUGGUUUUAAAGUGCUGCUCUUCAAGGAGAAUAUCUGAGACACAUUACAAUGCUUCAAAUAAGGGACCUCAUCUGGGGAUUGCUAUUCAUUGGCUGUGCAGCUGCCAUUCAGGUGCAAAUCACUCCAACACAAGGGGAGAUCAGCGUCGGAGAGUCCAAAUUUUUCCUCUGCGAAGUGGUGGGAGAUGUUAAAGACAUAGACUGGUACGACCCCAGGGGUGAGAAGAUCCUCCCCAACAGCCCGGACAUCUCCGUGAGCCGCAGCGAUGAAGCCACAUUGACUCUCACCAUCUACCACGCCGACGUGGACAGCGCUGGCAUCUACAAGUGUGUGGCGAAGAACGGAGACAAGGAGGCCCAGGCCACCGUCCAAGUGAAGAUCUUCCAAAAGAUCACCUUUCGGAACGCUCCGACCCCUCAGGAGUUCAACGAGGGCGACGACGCCGACAUCGUCUGCGAUGUCGUCAGCUCGCCGCCAGCCGCCAUUAUUUGGAAGUACAAGGGUGCCACCAUCCAAGUUUCCAAAGACGUGCGAUUCAAGAUCCUGUCAAACGGCCAUCUGCUGAUCCGCGGCAUCAAGAAGACGGAUGAGGGAAUGUACAACUGUGAGGCUCGAGUCACGGCCAGGGGAGAAAUAGACUUCAGGAUGAUGAAGGUCAUUGUUAAUGUGCUUCCCACCAUCCGGGCCCGGCAGUCGGAGGUCAACGCUACAGCAGAUGUUGGCAGCUCUGCCUUGUUGGCUUGUGAUGCAGACGGAUUCCCCGAACCCACCGUUACCUGGGCUCACAACAACGUCGUCCUUGAAACGGGUGAUAAGUACAGCCUGAACGGGGACGGCUCAGAAUUGGAAAUAAGAGAUGUCAAGAAGGUGGAUGAAGGAGAUUACACUUGCAUCGCCAAGAACAAGGCAGGAGAGAAAUCCGAGGAAGUCAGCCUGAACGUGUUCGUGCAACCCAAGAUUACCUUCUUGAUCAACCAAACGGCCUCAGAGUUUGAAGAACAAGUCACCCUGACCUGCGAGGCCUCCGGUGACCCCACACCUGCCAUCUCCUGGAGUUUUGGACAGAGAGUCUUCACUGAAGGAGAGCAGGCUUCAUGGACGCAGCCACACAAAUACGAGAGCCUUGAUAAAAACGUCGUGGUUCGCAGUCACGCCCGGGUUUCCUCCCUCACCCUGAAGAACGUCCAGUUCACGUACGCCGGCCAGUAUCUCUGCACCGCCAGCAACUCCAUCGGUCAGGACAACCGGCACAUGUACCUGGAAGUUCGCUAUGCUCCAAAGAUCCUGGGUUCAGUGACGGUGUACACGUGGGAGGGAAACCCGGCCAACAUCAGCUGUGAGGUGGACGCUCAUCCAGGAGCUGAAGUGGUUUGGUUCAGAGACGGCCUCCAGCUGCCCAACGCCAACACCACCAACAUGAAGGUCUACAACACGCCCACCAUCAGCUACCUGGAGAUUACCCCUGAUUCUCAAAAUGACUUUGGCAGCUACAACUGCACAGCGACCAACGUGAUGGGCGCCGAAUCCAAGGAGUUCAUCCUCAUCCAAGCAGAGGUUCCAUCAUCGCCAGAAAUCCAACAAGUGGAACCUUUCUCCAGCACAGCGGUGGUGGAGUUCGAGGAGCCGGUCUCCAUGGGUGGAGUGCCCAUUAUCAAGUACAGAGUGGAAUGGCGUUCGCUGGGGCAGGAAUGGAGCGGCAGGGAGUACGACGCCGAGGACGACAUGACCAGGAUCACCAUCGUUGACCUGAAACCAGAAACCACCUACGAGGUCAAGAUGUCCGCCAUCAACGGCAAAGGCGAAGGCGAGAGCAGCACGGCCAGCACUUUCAAGACCCAGCCAGUCCGCUAUUCUUUCACAAUUUCAUCAUCGAUACCGCCCACUAUCGCUGCCACCGCUAUGACCCGUAAAGGGGAACCCAGUGCCCCCAAACUAGAGGCCAAGGCCCAAGGGGGCAAUUCUCUUAAGGUGACCUGGAUCAAGCAGGACGAUGGUGGUUCCCCCAUUAAACACUACCUGGUCAGAUACAAGGCUACGCAUGUAUCUGACUGGAAACCAGAGAUCCGCCUCCCCCACGGCAGUGAGUAUGUACUGCUGAGCAGCCUGGACUGGAAUACAGAGUACGAGGUCCGUGUGGUGGCAGAGAACCAGCAGGGCAAAUCUAAGCCUGGAACCCUCUCCUUCAGAACAGCCGUAGAGCCCACCACCAUCCCAGACGCCGUGGACGGCGGCUCGGGCCUGGGCACCGGAGCCAUCGUGGGAAUCCUCAUCGUGGUCUUUUUCCUGCUGCUGGUGGGCGUGGACGUCACCUGCUACUUCCUCAACAAGUGUGGGCUCCUCAUGUGCAUCGCUGUGAACUUCUGCGGGAAGGCCGGACCCGGGGCCAAGAGCAAGGACAUCGAGGAGGGCAAGGCAGCGUUCACGAAAGAUGAGUCCAAGGAGCCCAUUGUGGAGGUGAGAACAGAGGAGGAGAACACCCCCAACCAGGAGGGAGGAGGUCCCACCGAGCCCAACGAGACCACGCCGCUGACAGAACCUGAGCCUGCGGCUGCAGACACCGCCCCCCUGGUGGUGAAGCUGCCCCCCAGCGCUGCCGUUAACUCGGUAACCGAGAGCUUUAGCACGGCGCACAGCAGUCCUGCUAGCGAGAGCACCACACUAACCACCAGCGCCUCCAGCCCAACCAAAGCCACCCCCGCACAGUCCUCCCCCAAAAACACUUCCCCCAAAACUAACCCCCAGCCUGAAGUCGGGCCCCUGGUUGACCUGAGCGACACCCCUAAAGUUGCCCCCUCGUCCAACCCGACUCCCCCCGUGUCAGAACCCCCGUCUGCCAACGCCGACGGGCCACAGGGCCGGGGCGACUCAGUCAAAGCCCCCGACAGCAGCCAGAGUCAGGACUCACAAGUAGACGGCCCGGCCAAGGAUGCCCCCAAUGCCCCGUGCACAGACUCCACCUCACCACCAGCCCAACAUGACGGUAAGACAGUGAAGGACGAUAACACUAAAGGCGAGACGGAGGUGAAGAAUGCCACGGCCGAGGUGAAGACGGUCCCCAACGAGGCUCCUCAGACGAACGGCAACGAGAGCAAAGCGUAAAACCUCCGAGAGCGUCCGGAAGAAGAAGAAGAAGAGGGGCAGGUUAGGGUUGGGGAGGGUUUUAGGGUAACAGGAGGGGGGUGGUCACAGUCACUGAAACCUCAAAGCAAUUUCACACGCCGCCCCGUCGCAUUAAGAGAAAAAAAAAAACGCAACCGGAAAGAAAAAAUCAAAUCAAAACAUGGGUCUCUUUCUUCAGUGUCUUCAGACCUCAUGCACUUGCCUUAGUUCCUUUCACAUUUGUCACCGAUUAAAACAAAAAAAAAGCUAAAUUCAUACGUGUUCUUCACCCUCUUUCUUGUACGUAACGUUAAAAUGGAUCAGCUGUUAAAUGCAGAACAGAAUCUCUGUUGUUUUCUCUAGAUAGCCAUGGUUGGACUGUAGCUUUACUUCACAGAUUACUGCCUUCAUGAUGUGGAAGACGUGUGCAUUCCCAACACUACUACUCUGUAUGCAGUACGCUCGUCGUCGUGGUAAUGGAUUAUGGGUCUUUUUGUUUCCCUUUGUUGAUAUUUUUUGUUGGAAUAAUGUGCAGACGUCACUGCCUAUUUAGCUUUUUUUUAAUGUGUUAUUUCCAGUGCUAGAGGUUAGAACAUUAGCAUGCCUGUGGGGGUUUUGUUUAUUUGUUUGUUUGUUUGUUUUGCAAAGUUACUGUAUUUCUGUACAUGUUGCUUUCAUUCGGAUCUUAUUCAGAUGUUUGUUUUUCCGAAAACGUUGUUUCCGCGUGGUUCUGGUCUGGAAAUCCCGGACACGAAACUCUGAGAAAUGAACAUCGGAGAAAAGAGUUUCGGUCCCGUCUUCCUAAAAGUUAAGUUUCUCUACGUUUGGCUGAUAUGUUCUGGAAAAUACAGUCCCAAAAGUGCUAAAUUAUCAUGAAGGUGGUCCAGUUUCAUAUAGAAAAAGUAAAUACUGAAGCAAAUGUACUUUUUUUCUUCAGUGAUAAGCAUAUUUUCUGCUGGAUAUUAGCCGUAUAUGAACCUAACUUUCAGGAGAUGGGAAUAGAGUGGGUUUAGAUGAAUGAAACAGUCAAAAAUAUUCGAUUUCAGGGGCUUCAUCCCUUUGCAUUUUCAAGACUAAAUCCGUCACAACAAGGGCUGGCCCGAAUAGUGGUUUCUGGCCUCCGAAUAUUCGGGCCCUAUUAAAGACGAAUAUCCGAAUAUUCGUUCCACUCCAUAAUGUCCGAGAGGAGGGGUGCGAAUAUUCGGAUACCAAAAUUAAUAUCCGGAUAGUGCCACAGCGAACGAAUAUUCGGAUAUUCGGGAUAUUCGGGUCCAGCCCUAGUCACAACAGCUCAGAAAAAGGUGUCCAGUUCCAAAGGAGGAAUACUGCCUUAUUUUGUCUGAAUUAAUUAUUUUUGAAAAGAAAAAACUCCCCUCCUUUCUGUCUUAAGCAUCCCACAGUAACAGUUGAGUUGCUCAUCCUGCAUCCAGUCUUCAUCAAACAGGAGGUCACUGAUAAAUACAUUUUACAAACUGGAACCGUGAAAAUUAUUUUUAAAAACCAGGAUGUAAAUAAUGAAAAGCUAACUUAAAGUCCACCGUUUCUUCUGGGUCGUAGUAAAUUAAGUUAGACACAGCUCUCCAUCCCAUCUUCAGAUGUGGUUUUCCUCUCUAGAAGUUAGUUUUGGCGUGUGUGAAGCUCAGGACGGGACUCGGUGAUGAAGUUAGCGGUGAAUCCUCUGAGGAUCACGACCUUCAGCCCCUCACAGCCUCCAGUGCCAUCGUCUGUUCAGCACACACCUGUUCUGCCUCACAGAUCAUGCGUGGGUUGUCACUGUUGUCGUAAAACGCUUUUUUAAAAGUGUGAACACACCUUUAACUCCGUUUUUCUCACAAGCAAACACAUCAGCUUUUCCAGAGGUUUCCUUUAGUGUUUUACCCGACAGGUUUGAGGCAGCGUGUCGUUCUGUCCGGACAAAUUCAACUUUAUUUAUGGACUGAGAAGAAAAAAAGCCUUUAGUCUGGUUGAAUAUUCCACACGCUAACAUCAAAUUCUGUCAUUCGUAUCUGAUUAUUUCCUCGUCUAACCUUUACUUCCCUUUCUGCCUUAACCUCUAACGUCCCCUGAUUAUCAGCCAGAGCUCCGAUGGCUCAACUUGCUGCUGAGAUUUCUCCUUUCUAACCGUCUGAUUGCCUCAGCUUGUCAGAGUGAGUGUCUGUCAUCGCUGCUCCAAGCGUUUGGCUGUUAAUUAUUUAAGUAGUUUGUGCCUGCAGUGACGUGAGUUGUGUUGUAGAUGUAGGAAAGCUGGUUCUGAUUUCACUUCAUCAUGUAAACUUUUACCUGUCCAGAUAUUAAAGGAGCUCGGUUACGUUGAGCUGAAUAAACGGCUGCUGCAGCUCAAACACAUUUAAAGGGGAACUUCGUUUUUUUUCAACCUGGGGUCUGUUUUCAUGUCAUUUCAUACAUGUGAGUGAUGGAGAAACGAAUUUUCAACAUAGCUCCAGUAUUUAGCCAGACAGGCAGCUUAGCAGCUCAGCUAGCAGCUCAGCUAGCAAAAAGUAUGGGGCAGCUGCCCCCCCCGCGUCAAAGUCCGCCCUAACGUGCUUUUUUCCCCACACUGACCGGCUCAGAUAGUCUCAAUGAGUGUCCCACAACAUACUAGAGAUGAGAAGUGAAGGAAAACCUCCACAUUACCUGGCGAUCGCUCUUUGUUGUGGUCUGUAUCCAAAUCUCAGGACGCUGAAAGCAAAUCUCGUUCUGAGAUCGUGCGAUAGCUCGCAGGCUUUGGCGCGAGCUAUCACACGAUUUUUUGGCUAAAUACUGGAGCUAUGUUGAAAAUUCGUUUCUCCAUCACUCACAUGUAUGAAAUGACAUGAAAACAGACCCCAGGUUGAAAAAAAAACGAAGUUCCACUUUAAGUAAUGCAGCAUUUAACAUUUCUUCAGAGUUUGGAUGAAUUUUAAAGGACUGUGUUGAUUCAUUUGAAUAGUUUUCUCAUCGGUCGGUUUAGCACCAUUUCCAUCUUUAGAAUCUGUCUCCAGUAGAUCUAUCGUGCAUUUUCGGUGCACGCAGGCAGCUACCAUUACACUAAAAAUCACUGCAGAAGAUGUGACGGUAGACAGCCGAAACCUGUGAACACGUGGAAUCUUUUUCCUGCUGAAAUAAGAACCGUACUGUCCGGUGGGAUCGGUCUAUAUCUAGAUGUACCUUUGAAAGCAUCCAGACAGUCCAGGAGAUUGUCAGAAUCCGAAUAUUUACCGGAAAACAAAACUAUUUCUGUGUGUCUACUAUCCUACGGUCGCAGGUUGAGAUACCAGCAAACACUGCUGAAGGAUAACGCAAACUAACAACUACUAUCAGCGUUUUAUGUAACCAGCCUUCUUUUAUUUUCUCCACCAGCAUCUCUAGUCUCAGUUAUCUCUUCCACUGCUCCAGACUGUCCACCAGUCAGCUCUACUAACCCUCUCUGAGCAGUUCCUUACACUUUUAUUAGACAUUAUUCAUAUUCAUUCCAGCUGGUGAUGGUUAUUUAGCAUUCUACAUGUCAAAUACAGAGAAGAAGUGUCUUUGAUGCCUGUUGGGGAACAAAACCGAUGUGUAAAACUGUCACAGUGUAGUCUAAACCAGAAGAGUCAAACUCAUCUUAGUUCAGGUUCCACAUUCAACUCCGUUUAAUCUCCAGUGACCAGUAAAACCACCACAUAAUACCCUACAAAGAACCACAACUCCACAGGUUUCCUUUGUUUUAGUGCGAAAAAGUACAUUCUGAAAAUAUUCACAUUUUAUGGAAUUAUCUUUUUACAAAACAUCAUGAACAGCAAUCCACAUUACAGAUUCCAGAUCAGAGUGUCUACAAAGGAACACAACAUUUAGUCACCUGGAGCUGAACCACAGAGGAUUUACUGGAAGAUCACAAUGACAAAACUAUGAUACAAAAAACAACAAAACCAAGACAAAAUAUUACAAAAAUGACAGAACUUGAGACAAACAACAAAAAAUGAAACAAUAAGAGACAAAAAAUUAGACAAAACGAGACAAAAAAAAUCCUCAAAUUACACAAACAAGACCAAAAAUGACAAAAGCAUGUAAAACAAAGAGAAAAUAGACAAAUGACACAAGCAAGACAAAAAAAACACAAAAUGAUACAAACGAUGUACAAAACAACGAAUAAAGCAAAACACAGAAUGACAAAAACAAGACAAAAAAACACAAGCGAGACAAAAAGGAAAAAAGAAAAAAAAAAAAAAAAACAAGACAAGACAUCACAAAAAUGAGACGCAAAAGAACAAAGAACAAUCUGGUAUUUUACUUUCUGAUCCAAACAGCUUGUCAUGGUCUAGAAAUGAUUUUAAAUUUAUAGUUUUACUAAUUUACAAUCUGCAGUUAAUGUCUUCUCUGGGUCCGGAUUGGACCCUCUGGAGGACCACUUUUGGACCACGGGCCUCAUGUUGGACACCUCUGGUCUAAACUGUUAAAAAGGAGCUCAAACUGUCGCAGGUCCUGAGGAUACCUUUGGAAAAACAUGCUGAUUAUUGUCUGUAAAUGAAGCUGUUACCGAGCAUCGCCUCUCACUCAUUCUCUUUUCAUUGAGUCUUCUCCUCCGUCAAAUCUGAAUGAAUAAAUCUGGCCUCUUAUAACCAGGAAGUAGAGCUGCCUGUGAGGUCUAACGGUCUGUUUUCAUGUGAAAAAAUAAAAAUAAGUAAAAGUUUUUCUCAUGCCAUAGAGCUCUGCUGUGGAUCUGAAAGGUGACAAACAAAUCUUUUCUUUCUUGUACAGUGUUCCUCCUUCUUUAGACUGCAAGCUGUAUAGUACACUGUGAAUGUGUGAAUCCAUUGUGUCCUUUUGUCAUAGAGUCGAGCGGAUAGUUUGAUUGUGGAGAGACGUAGCCGGUAGUUUGUGACGGACGUUCAGAAGAAGUCUGACAGCAGCGAACUGGAAAGACACAGUGCCUUUGAAUAAGAAAACUGGUUCCAUUCCUCUCAGUGUCUGCAUUAAACGUUUCACACCUC